GUGUAGACCUCGCCUGCUUCUGAAUGGAGGAGGAGAAAGUCCAAUUGCCGACAAGCUGACUUUCCGUGGCUCUUGGCCUCCACGAUCACAGCCCCCGACUUUGUCACUGAUCAGAGCCAGAGGGACGCUGGGCACCUUGAACUGCCAUGGGCAACGAGAACAGCACCUCGGGCAACCAGCAAGAGAACUCUGGCUUGAAUAAUGUCAUCCUGUGGCCUCCAAACCCUGAACCUCUGCAGAGGACCUCAUCGGCUCGGAGUCCAGGACCCGUGCAACCAUCUGGGGACAGUCAGAGUAUAGAAAGGAGGCCAGAGGAAAAGCCUAGAGGCACUGACCGUGGAGGUUCACCCAGCGUCAUUCAUGGAGGUUCCUGCCCCGCUUCUGAGGGUGUUGCCCGCCCGGAUCCUUGCAUCCCGUCUCCAGAGGUGACUGAGCCAAGGAAGCACCCACAGGAAUCCAGGGGCUCAGAAGGUUCUCCACGGCUCAGCCCGCCAGGGUCCUGGGAGCAGGAGUAUCCCCGGGGAUCUGCGCCCCUUGCCGAGGGCCCCCCAGAAGGUGGCUUGGAGAGCCUGGCAGUGGCACCUGAAGAUCGGCCCCUCGUUCAGCACCCCCAGAGGAAACCUUCUCCAGGUGUCCCUGCAGCCUUGGUCCCUGAGGGGGACAGCUCUCCUCAGCACAGUAUGGUCACAGCCGUCCCCAGCGUCGAGAGACAGAGCAACGUGAAGGAAGCAGAUGGGCAGAAAGGGUUUUCCUCCAGCUCCAUUGACCAGUUGCCAGGAGUUUCACCAGCCGACCCUAGGGAGCUGAGGAAGGGACAGCCAUGUGGAGAGCCCGGCCGGCCUGGGGGUUUCGAGUCCCAGGGGAAUGAGGCUGCAGGUGGCUUUCCCCUCCCAGAGUCUGGACAAGGAGUGGCUUCUGGACAAGUGGCCCCCAAGGCCACUGCUGCAGCCUGGCCAGGCCGAGAUGGCUCAGCUGGCCAGCGGGAGUCCCUCUUGGAGCCCGAGAUCCCAGCCCCAGAAGGUCCAGCCCCCAGCUGCCAAGCGGAGGUGCCGGCUCAGGAUUUCACCGAUGACUCAGGCUCUCUUGGGGCCCACCCCCCUGCUCAGAGCAGCUCAGAGGCUGCCCAGGAAGCCGAGGCGCAGGCCGCUUCCCAGGAGCAAGUGGAAGCGGAUCCGACCCCCAAGGAGCUGCCCUGGGACUCAGCGAGUCCUGCACCGGGGUCGGGGGCCGAGGGCUCUGGGGAGGACACUCAGGGUGCCAGUGAUGCCCAGGGCUGCUCACAGACCAGGAGGGGAGGAGCCGAGCCCGGUCAAGGUGUCACUGGGGCAGCAGAUGACCUACCCAAGGGGACUUCACUUUUGAGUCCUGAGCCUUCCCCACGUGCAGCGACCCAGGAGACAGGUCCAGCUUCAAGCUUCACUUCACAGCCUGCUGCUCCAGCCUCUGCUGCUGCAGAGCAACCCAGCCAGUGGACCAGAGAGAUGGUCUCUGGGGCCGAGAUGCCCACUCUUACAGAUCCAGCAGGAGGGCUGGCAGAUGCAAGGCUGGCAGGACAGGAGAAGCAUGCAUCAGAGGGAGAGGGUACAGAAAGGGGCUCCUCCAGAGAGGUCUGCGCCCUCUUGGCCCAGGAGGAGAGGGGGGAGGGCUGGAAUAGGGAGCAAAGCCAGGAGGUCCAACAAGGGGUUCUGGCCCCAACCCCUCCCAGUGCAUCAGAUGAAAGUGCCAGAAGGUCACCAGGGCCCAAGGAUGAAGCCAAGGCUGAAAGCCCAGCUGUGGCCAAGAGGGAAGGCAGACCACCUGGUCCUGACCCUACAGGACAGGAAGCAGCCCCAGAGUCACCCAGUGGUGCAGAUCCUGGGACACUUCAGGGACAGCAACCCGAAGCCUACAGCUCUAAGCCUCACCCAGAGGUGGAGAAAGACGGGGUUUCACAGCUAAGUGGCGAUGUGGUGGGCAACGGCCUUCCCAGCACCGCCUCAGCACAGCCACUCAGAAAGGAGCUCCUUGAACCUGUGGACAGGCCCCGCUCUCCAUCAGAAGAUGCAGCUUGGAGUUCAGGGGCCUGUGGGAUGAUGGGAGAAGCCCAACAGGUUCUUUUGUCUGGCUCGCUGCACCAGCUCCACGAGCAGGAUCCUGCCCCCGGCUCUGGGCAGGAUGGAGCCGGUGAACCCAUUCUUCCCGAGGGAGCUGGCUGGGAGGGGCCAGGACUACCGACCCAAUGUCCUGCCACCCUUCAGGAUGUGGGGGGGUUGGGUAGAAUGGAUUCUCUUCCUGCUUUAGAAUCUGAGAAAUCGGAUGUCCUGUCACCUCCUGCUACAGCAGUCACCCCCAAAGCCCAGGAGGUGGAGAGCAUGUCUGAAAUAAAGAGGAGGAGCCACCCGUCAGCGCAGAGGCCUGGCAGCUGUGAUGGGCAGGGCUUGCUGACAGCCCCCCAACCCUGGGGGCUGGGGUGUGAGGCAGCUGGACCGGAAGUCUGCACUGAUGGGCCACUCCCCCAUGAGGAGGAGAACUUGGCAGUGGACUGUGGGCUUAUGACGCUCAGCCUGGAGCAAGAUCAGCAGGGAAACCUGUCCUGCCUGGGGGACAGCAGGAUACGAGUGGCUGCGUCUGAGAGGCCCUCACUCUACCCUGAGAAUCAGCUCCAGGCAUCCCAAACCCGCCCAGAAGCGUCCAUCCUUGAUAUGCUCGGGGAGAAGUCCCAACACGGAGAAAACGAGAAAGAGACACAUCCAGGUGCUGCAGACACAGAUUCUCCCCAAUCGCACAUCCCCGUGGAACCUCCGGAGGAUGUGAGCUCGCCUGUGCCUGGAGGAAAGGAACAGGCUUCUGAAUCAGAACUUGGAAGUGACCUCCCCAAAGGCAGCCUGAAUGAUGCUCCAAGUUCAGCUUCCGGGGACACCAUUCCAGAAAAUUCUAUGACAGAGCAGUUGGCGUUGUCAGCACCCACGAGACCGGAGUCACCUGUGCUAGGGGAGAAUGUGCAGGACGGAGGAUACGGUGGUAGCCAGCCCUCCAGGCUCUCACCUCCUGCGGCAGACACCUUACAAAGCCCUUCUCUUGCAGGUAGCUUGAGCAGAAAGGAAGGUUGCUGUGCUGGGCAGGGGCUCAACAAGUCCCAACAGGAGCUGACUGGCGGGCUGAACGCCAGCAGCCAGCAUGAAGAAGCAUGUCUCGGGGAUGCAGGCCUUUCUGAAGCAGCUGACGCUCGGCCCCCACUCCAGGGCUUGGCUGAGACAGAGAAGGCAAGUGAGAACACAGUGGAGGCCCGGCCGGGUCGGCCUGACUCAGUAGCUCUCCUGGAUGCAUCUCACUGCCUGCCAGCUCCAGCACCUGCCAGCCCCAGAGUCACACCCGCCCAGGAUGCCCGAGAGAGAGAGGCAUGUGAUGAAACCUGGGAGGACGGGCAGCUAUCGGGGUGGGCCCCACAGGAGGCAAUGGAGCACCCCACUGCCUCAGAUGCUGAAGUCCAAAGGCUUCUUGGAAGUUUCCCAUCAGCUGAGGAUCAAGCUGUGGAUGAUGGGUCUGCUGAGACUGGUGGGGGCGCCGACGGAGGAGACCUGGGGACACAGCGGGCUCUGGAGGAGCCAGGAGAAGCUGCUCGGAGUGGGGGCUUCCUCCAGACAGAGCCGUACCCUUCCGCUGGGGAGGAAGCUUCUACCCCUGCCCUGGGUGAACCCUGCCAAGCUGAGCAGCCCCCGGGAGGCUGCCAGGAUGCCUUCCUGCCAGCCAGAGAGCUGGGUGGGAUUUCCAGGAGCCAGGUGGAUACUUCUGCAGCCCAGGCUGUCCCGGAACCAAAGACGCUCCUGCCGUCUGCACCACCAGAAGAGGCUGCUCCUGACACCCCUUACCUGCAUGUCGCAGGUGCUGCAGGGAAAGAGGCAGAAGACAGCGGGGUGAAAGCUGUUUCGUCUCAAGGCCCUGGAGCUCCUGGUGAAAGCCCUUGCUCCCUACAGGAGCCCCUACUUGUCUCGGAAAAGGCCCUCUCCAUGGAAGUGUCUGCUGGCUCCCUUGCAUCCCUCUCGCAACCAGAAGCUGCAGAUGCGGAAACCUCUGCAGCUCAGCCCAGCAGCGGCGGCCCCAGAGCUGGGAACUUUGAGGGACCGGUGGACUCCGUGCCCUGCCUGGACAGGAUGCCACUUCUGGCCAAGGAGGAGCAGACCACAGGGGAGGAGAAAGACUCAAGAGCUCCAUGUGUAAGCACCCCACCCGGUGAGAUCCCAGCAUGUCCUGCCAGUGAGGAGAGCACGGCAGGGGAUGCGGCAAGAGAGAUGGAGAGCAGCAGGGAGAGAGUGGUGGAGCCUUCCAAGGACCCCAGGAAGGAAGGGGCAUCAGCUGGUGUAGACGCACGCUCCAAGCAGACCCGUAUGAUGGCGGGGUUCACUGACUUCAGGGAGCAUAUCACCAAGAUCUUUGAGACGUCUGUGCUGGGAGUCCUGACUGCUGAGCGGCCCCAGAGCAACCUGGGAGAAAAGGCAGGAGCUGGGAGGAGUGUGAUGGGCAAGGACCUCCCCAUGCCAAGUGUAGAGAAGCUUCCAGAUGGGACUCAAGGAGUGACCAUCGCUCCUCUCCCCACCCCACUGGCUGGGAUCUGGGUGGACUCGAAGGCGAAGAAGCAAGAGUCAGCUGUAGGGGCUGAGGUUUCCCGGCUGGGUCCCCAGGAUCCAGCUCCAGAAAAGCUGCCAGGGCUGGCAGGGCUGGCCGCAGAGCAGAACCUGCCAGGUGCCUGUGUGGGGAAGGAAGCCAGUAAGGCCCCACGGAUGCUGAUGGAAAAUGACAAGCCAGAGGGGGCCGGGGAAGGCUGGCCGUGGCUUGGAGGCCAGGCCCCCUCAGAGCAGGAAAGCAGCCAGCAGGAGUCAGCUUUGGGUCUGCCUUCACAGGUGACUUCUCCAGAGAUUCCCAUCUCUGACUUGCAGGUGGCUCCCCAGGGCCCUGGAGAAGGGGACUCACUUCAAGAUGACAGAUUUCCUUCUGACAAACAGCAUCAGGAAACAUCUAGUAGCAGUGGUCCACGCAGAGAAGAUGGUGCCUGGGGCUUUUCUCACCCGAGGACUCUGGGCGACAUGCCACUGUCCACGUCUGCCCUGGGAGCAUCCUUUCUCUCCGGAGAUGUUCCGACUGUGGCCGAGGCCAUCAGUGAGCCCGGCGCCCCAGACACACUUAGAGGUGAGAGGAGGCAUGGCAGCGCUGCUGGCACCUCAGAAACACAAAAUGCCCUGGACAACCGGAGCACCCUGGAGCCCGUAGCUGGAGAAGUGGCAGACACUCCCCUGGAGCCUGGCUUGGUAGCAGGAGCUGCUGGGGAAGCAGAGGGUGACGUCACUUUGAGCACAGCUGAGACCGGGGCAUGUGUGUCUGACGACCUGCCUGAAACAGGUACUAUGAGAAGGUCCUCCGGUGUGGCUUGUGCCUCGGCGCUGCCAGGAAGCCGUGGGGACCCAGGUGGCUCUGAAGGGGCUCUGAGGAUGGAGGCUGCAGCCACCCUGAGCGGGGACAGCCCAGCCGGGCACCCGCAGGCCGAGGAGCAGCCCGGGCCUGAGCUCCCCGCUUCUGCCUGGGGCGAGAAGGUACGUGACUCCUCAUCUGCAGAACGUGGUGAAACUCGGGACCUGAAGCUGCAAAACCUGAAUGCAGAAGCUCUCGAGGCUGAGAGCAAGGGCCCUGAGCCUGGCCCAUCCACCUUACCUUCGGUUCCUGAGAAGGAUGCUCCAGACAUCAUGGGCGAGAUCAUUUCAGAUGAGGCCACAAGUGCGAGAGGACCAGAAAGUUCACCUGUAGCAGAUGGUGUCAUCCAGCCAGCUGCCCUUGAAGACCUGGACAUCCCACCCUUAGCAGCCUCUUCCCCCGAGGGUGAUGGCAGUGGCCUGGUCUCCACGGCUCUGACAGCCCAGAGCACCUCCCCAGCCGCUGCCCGUGUGGCUCCCACUCCCCCAGCCUCAGAACAUGCAUCCGUGCUUCCCGCCCCAGCUGGUGAUGGAGUAGAUGCUUCCGCUCCCUCCUGCCAGGGUCUGGCCAAGGACUUAAGCAGGAGCUCUGACUCUGAAGAAGCAUUUGAGACCCCGGAGUCGACCACCCCCGUCAAAGCGCCACCUGCCCCACCCCCGCCACCCCCUGAAGUUGUUCCAGAACCUGAGGUCAGCGCACAGCCUCCCCCGGAAGAACCAGGGUGCGGUGCUGAGACGGUCCCCGUCCCGGAUGGCCCCCCCGGCAGCUCCGUGCAAGGGAGCCCUUUCCGUCCCCCGUCUCACUCCUUCUCCGCCGUCUUCGAUGAGGACAAGCCGAUAGCCAGCAGCGGGACCUACAACCUGGACUUCGACAACAUCGAGCUGGUGGACGACUUUCAGGCCCUGGAGCCUCGCUCCUCAGACCCGAAGCAUCAGGACUGCAAAGCCACCUCUCGGAGGAAGUCCACGGACUCCGUCCCCCCCUCGAAGUCCACCUUGUCUCGGUCUCUCAGCCUGCAGGCCAGUGACUUUGAUGGUGCUUCUUGCCCCGGCAACCCCGAGGCCGCGGCCCCGGCCCCAGAGGCGUAUAGCACGGGUUCGAGCAGUGCUUCUAGCACCCUUAAGCGAACUAAGAAACCGAGGCCACCUUCCUUAAAAAAGAAACAGACCACGAAGAAACCCCCCGAAACGCCCCCUGUGAAAGAGACACAGCCAGAGCCAGCCGAAGAGACUCACGUUGCCAGCGAGGAGACUCGAACAUCUGAGACAAAAACGGAGGCAACCAAGGCGGAAGGUGCUGCACCAGCCUCAUCAGAGGAGACACGCCUGGAAUCUGCUGCUGUCCCCAAGGCUGCCUGCCCUCUGGACUCUGAGGGUGCAGAAGGGGCCAUCCCCCCAGCUUCUGGGGGUGGCAGAGUGCAGAACUCACCCCCCGUCGGAAGGAAACCCUUGCCUCCGGCCACGGCCCCCGAGGCAGCGGAGGUGACCCCAUCAGAGAGUGGGGAGCAGGAGGACCCCCCAGCCAAAGGCCUCUCGGUGAGGCUGGAGUUUGACUAUUCUGAGGACAAGAGUAGUUGGGACACCCAGCAGGAAAACCCCCCUCCCACCAAAAAGAUAGGCAAAAAGCCAGUUGCCAAAAUGCCCCUAAGGAGGCCAAAGAUGAAAAAAACACCGGAAAAACUUGACAACACUCCUGCCUCGCCCACCAGAUCCCCUGCCGACCCCAAUGACAUCCCUCUUGCGAAAGGUACCUACACCUUUGAUAUUGACAAGUGGGAUGACCCCAAUUUUAACCCCUUUUCUUCCACCUCCAAAAUGCAGGAGUCUCCCAAACUUGCCCAGCAGUCUUACAGCUUUGACCCUGACGCCUGUGAUGACUCCAUUGACCCCUUUCAGGCCUGCUCUAAGACCCCCAGCUCACCUUCUAAAUCCCCAGCCUCCUUUGAGAUCCCAGCCAGUGCUGUCGAAGCCAGUGGAGCGGACGGGGAUGGGCUGAACAAGCCCGCCAAGAAGAAGAAGACGCCCCUCAAGACUGACACAUUUAGGGUGAAAAAGUCGCCAAAACGGUCUCCUCUCUCUGAUCCACCUUCUCAGGACCCCACCCCAGCGGCCACGCCGGAAACACCGCCCGUGAUCUCCGCUGUGGUCCAUGCAACCGACGAGGAGAAGCUGGCGGUGACCAGCCAGAAGUGGGCGUGCAUGACAGUGGAUCUGGAGGCCGACAAACAGGACUUCCCACAGCCCUCGGACCUGUCCACCUUUGUCAGCGAGACCAAAUUCAAUUCACCCACGGAGGGUAAGCAGCUCGGUGCCCAGCCGGACCCCCACCCUGCCUUGGAGACCUCUGCCCCUAGGGAGCCAAAGCCCAGGAAAGAAACUUCUCUGCCAGAGUUGGAUUACAGAAACUCCUAUGAAAUCGAAUAUAUGGAGAAAAUUGGUUCUUCCUUACCUCAGGAUGACGCGGCCCCGAAGAAGCAGGCCUUGUACCUUAUGUUUGAUACUUCUGAGGAGAGCCCGGUCAAGUCUCCCCCCGUCCGGAUGUCGGAAUCCCCGACGCCGUGUUCAGGCUCAAGUUUCGAGGAGACUGAAGCUCUUGUGAACGCUGGGGCUAAGAUCCAGCAUCCCGUCACACGAGGGCUGGCCCCCAACCAGGAGCCACACUUGCAGGUGCCAGAGAAAUCCUCCCAGAAAGAGCUGGAGGCCAUGGCCUUGGGCACCGCGUCAGAAGUGAUUGAAAUUACAGCUCCCGAGGGUUCCUUUGCCUCUGCUGAUGCCCUCCUCAGCAGGCUGGCUCAUCCGGCCUCUCUCUGUGGUGCGCUUGACUAUCUGGAACCCGACUUAGCAGAAAAGAACCCCCCAGUAUUUGCUCAGAAACUUCAGGAGGAGUUAGAGUUUGCCAUCAUGCGGAUAGAAGCCCUGAAGCUGGCCAGGCAGAUCGCCCUGGCUUCCCGUAGCCGCCAGGACACCAAGAGAGAAGCUACUCACCCAACAGAUGUCUCCAUCUCCAAAACAGCCUUGUACUCCCGCAUUGGGUCGGCCGAGGUGGAGAAACCCACGGGCCUUCUGUUCCAGCCGCCGGAUCUGGACUCUGCACUCCAGAUCGCCAGGGCAGAGAUCAUAACCAAGGAGAGAGAGGUCUCAGAGUGGAAAGAUAAAUAUGAAGAAAGCAGACGGGAAGUGAUGGAAAUGAGGAAAAUAGUGGCCGAGUAUGAGAAGACCAUCGCCCAGAUGAUAGAGGAUGAACAGAGGGAGAAGUCAGUCUCCCACCAGACGGUCCAGCAGCUGGUCCUGGAGAAGGAACAAGCCCUGGCCGACCUGAACUCAGUGGAGAAGUCUCUGGCUGAUCUCUUCAGGAGAUACGAGAAGAUGAAGGAGGUCCUGGAGGGUUUCCGCAAGAAUGAAGAGGUGCUGAAGAAAUGUGCGCAGGAGUACCUGUCCCGGGUGAAGAAGGAGGAGCAGAGGUACCAGGCCCUGAAGGUGCAUGCGGAGGAGAAGCUGGACAGGGCCAACGCCGAGAUCGCCCAGGUCCGAGGCAAGGCCCAGCAGGAGCAAGCUGCCUACCAGGCCAGUCUGCGGAAGGAGCAGCUGCGAGUGGAUGCUCUGGAAAGAACGCUGGAGCAGAAGAAUAAAGAGAUAGAAGAACUCACCAAGAUUUGCGAUGAACUGAUUGCCAAAAUGGGGAAAAGCUAACUUUGAACCAAAUGUUUGGACUUGACCGUUGCGUGCAAUAUGACCGUCGGCACACUGCUGUCCCCUCCGGUGACGUGGGCAGAUUCUGUUUUCACUUUUUCGUAUGCACUACUGUAUUUCCUUUCUAAAUAAAGUUGAUUUGAUUGUAUGCAGUACUAAGGAGACGAUCAGAAUUUCUUGCUAUUGGUUUGCAUUUUCCUAGUAUAAUUCAUAGCAAGUUGACCUCAGAGUUCCUGUAUCAGGGAGAUUGUCUGAUUCGCUAAUAAAAGACAAAUCGCUGACCUUGGCCUUGCCCUUUGUACAUGAGUUUCCAGGGUGAGCGCUUUUGGAUUUACUAUGAUCAUGUACAGCUUGCAAAGGAACUCUUGCCUUAAGGAGUGUAAACUUGAUCCGCAUUUGCUGAUUUGUUUAAAAAAAAAAAGAAAAGAAAAUGCAUGUUUCAAAUAAAAUUCUCUAUUGUAAAUAAAUUUUUUUCUUUGGAUCUUGGCAA